CCCCGGCGCAGUGACGUGACCUCGGGCUAGAAGCCGCCGCCUUCCUCCCUUCUCAGCGAUGUAUUCAGUGUUCUCCGCCUGCACUUGCCUAUGUUUACACUUCCUGCUGCUGUGCUUACAGGUACAGGUGUUGGCAGCCGAGGAGAACGUGGAUUUCCGUAUCCAUGUGGAGAACCAGACGAGAGCUCGGGAUGAUGUGAGCAGAAAGCAGCUGAGGCUGUACCAGCUGUACAGCCGGACGAGCGGGAAGCACAUCCAGGUGUUGGGGCGGAGGAUCAGUGCCAAGGGCGAAGAUGGAGACAAAUAUGCUCAGCUUCUAGUGGAAACAGACACAUUUGGCAGUCAAGUCCGGAUCAAAGGCAAGGAGACAGACUUCUACCUUUGCAUGAAUAGGAAAGGCAAACUCGUGGGGAAGCCUGAUGGCACCAGCAAAGAGUGUGUCUUCAUUGAGAAGGUCCUGGAAAACAAUUACACAGCACUGAUGUCUGCCAAGUACACAGGCUGGUAUGUGGGCUUCACCAAGAAGGGGCGACCAAGGAAGGGCCCUAAGACUCGGGAGAAUCAGCAGGAUGUCCACUUUAUGAAGCGAUACCCCAAGGGCCAAGCGGAGUUGCAGAAGCCCUUUAAGUAUACGACGGUGACCAAGCGGACAAGGCGCAUCCGGCCCACACACCCUGGCUAGAGCAGCCAUCCCCACCAGCCCCACCAGGAUGGUGCAACCAUAAGCCACACACACAGACACACACACCAACACACACACAAACAGACACACACACACACACACACACACACAAAAACUGCA